UCCGCUCCUUUCUCGUUGUCUCUAGAUCACUCUGCUCUUUAUCCCGCUUUUAUAUUCAUGGCGCUGCCAUUGCUGAUGAAUAACAAUGAGUUCAAUCACGCUUUAGAGGUGUUCAGGAACGUGAGCUCCAACUCCAAGGCGGUCUCUCGAGCACGAUUCCUGCAUGUUGACGCUCAUGUGGCCACUGAUGUAGAUGUCUACAUUCCUGUAGCUAUUGCUGUGAACGCCCCGCCUCUUCCUGGAGCAAAUGCCGAGGUUUACAAGCUACCAAAGUUCCAUGUCCACGCCUUGGCAACUUUUACGGCUGUUGGAAUGCAACUCGCCCACUACUCUCCAAAGCUCAUCACCGAUCCCGCCGAGGCCAGCCAACAGGCCAAGCAUUUCCAGCAGUUUCUGACAGUGCUUGUCACCACAUUCCCGCAGUAUGUUUACCUCACGGCAGCGGCCAGCGAGGACAUGUCUGGCAGCUGCGACACGAUCUGGAAAGACGUCAGCGACUACCUGCAGCGCACCCACGACACUGAGACCGCUAACCAGAUUACCAAGACUUUGCAAAAGGCGCUGCUGCACGUCCCUACGUUUGCGCACGUCGAGGACAACACUAGUGUUCGGGCGCUGUACACGCUCUUCUCCUUCAGGUCGCCAGCCACAAACCCGGAGUUAAAUAUGUAUUGGGCGGACGCCACCAUGACAAAGAAGGCGGGGAAGAUCACCACCUGGGAAGCCACCAUAACCAUCACCAGCUUCACCGCUAAACUCAACAGUAAUUCCUUGGCUGCUGACGCCAACGCCUUGGCCAAAGUAAAGGCCAUGAGUGUUCAGAGCCUUGUGGAGGCGAUAAACUUUUUCGAUUAAUACCAUGAGGAAAAUCUCCUAAAGAAUAUUCCUGUGACAGCUUUCGUGACGGUGACUUAUCAGCAUAUACUCUUGUCAACGUUGUGAUCCAUUGAUUGGCCUUUCCAGGAAAUAUCACAUCCCCGAUGUUCUCUACUCAUCCUCUCAAAUCCCAGCCCGAAUCCAGAGUGCUUCACGAUCCCAUCGUCGCCAAUCCAGUACCACUCGUAUGUAGUUCUUCUACAUACGAGCCUGCAAGAAUCAAGCACACCAUUUCAGUGGCCCGGAGGUCUUACGAAACUCUCAAAUCCCCAUACCUUUGCAUCUGGCUCCCCAGGAGAAUCAAAGCCAGAGCUCUUGAAAGUCGUGUUUUUCUUCCAGGUCGGCGAGCUUGUGGGAGGGAGCCUUUUCCCGCCUCGCGCACUAGCAUGCCGCCAUCUGGCCAUCAUCGCUAUGAAACGCGUUUUGAUAGUCGCAUACAAAGACGGGCCCUUGGAAGAGCUGCUCUGCGAGAUACCUGGAAUGAGAAGAUCACCAGAAAACGUUGAUUUUGGUUUCCCUCUAACACACCUUUGGUGCUUGCUCCAUUGCACAGGAGUUUCGAAGGGAAAGUCUUUCACGCAUAAGAUCACGCAAAGGAAAGAAUAAAUCUCGAUUGCUUGUGUGUAAGUUAUCCUUCCGAUUUGCAGGAAUGAGGAGCGGACGCCUUGUCAAGGAUGCGGUCGGUGAGCACAGAUCUCUGGGAGGAAAUCGUCUCCAGCGGCCUCGCUAAUCUCGUCAUGGAAAUGUAUGGAAAGUGCGGCUGCUGAUCGUGGCGUGAGCUUGCCGUAGACGUUGAGCAGCACUGUGGCGAUGGAGAUUCUGCGGUACUUGCUUGUGUGCCUCAGCUUUCAGCUUCCCAAGAUCCUGGGCGAAAGCUUGCAGGAGCUGGCUGGCAGAACCUCGUGGGAGACCAGUGGGGCAAAUGCGAGCUCAUUAUCUUAGGCCAGCGGCGACGAAUACCGCGUGGAUCUGAGGCGUUGAAUGAAGAAGCAUGAGUGCCACCGCUUCUCGCAUCGGGCAAAUGCCGCCGUCGCAAUGUUCCACGAGAAAACAUCUCAAUCUUCCAUCUUGUGGAAGGCUCCCAAGGCGUCUGCCGCUCUUCCAGGGGGUCCAAUUCAAGGACGCCGUCACCUGGAUGUCGGAGUUGGCACUCUGUCAAAGGGAUCAAAAGAGCAGUGAAAGGACACAAAGGCAGUGUAAAGAGAGAAAAGAGCUGCAAACCUGUUUGCGCGACAGGUGGAUUGACCAUAUACAUCAGAAAUACAAGAGUCCCAGCACCAAGCCGAGGGUAGGAGCAGGCAAGACAAGAAGGCCAAAGACGAGGCACUCUUGCGUUUGGAGGCCGAGAAACUAGCCAGGGAGAAAGCCGAAGCGGCGGCCAAGCAAAGAGUGGAAAGGAUACAGAGGAAGUCCGAGGCGGACUUGCGGGCUCACAGGGACGAGAUACACAAGCUGGAGCAGGAAGUUUGCAAGCUCAAGCUCAGUGCUAGGGAGCUAAGCUUGUCAAUGGAUCUGAGCGAGCAGGACGCGGUGGCGAUGGUGUGGGGCUGACUGACUGGUUUGGCUUUCUUUGUAUAAUAGGGGACUAUGGAGUUAGCUUUGCAAACGAGUGCUAUGGUUGCUUCCUCGACGUUCUGGGAAGAGCGGGGCGUUUGGAAAUCGCCGAGGAUAUGAUUUGCAACAUGCCGUUCGAGCCGAGUGCCUGCAAAACGCACAGCGACAUCGCUCGAGCACUGCGGGUGACAAACUACAUCAACCAUUUCGCUCCAGACAAGAAGACGCAGUCGUGCAUGCUUCUGGCCAACACGUACGCUGCCUGGUGGCUAUGGACCCGUGCCAUCGGCCUUGCUACUCGGGCAGGAGACGAGAGAGCGCUCGAAGAGUUUUUCGAGGAACUUGAGCAAGAACAAGAAGCUAUUGAGAUAUCGUGACGAGUUUCACGACUUUUUCGUUUCAAACUGCGAGAAUCGCUGCUGUGCUCCAGAUUCUCUCGACAGCGUCGUCGAUCCGGGAGAGAAAAUUCUAAGACUUGGGAGAGCGAACAGCUUUCUCUUCUCAAAAGUUUUGCGCUGCCUAUUGUUUAUCUCCAGAAUCUAAUCACCUGGAAAACAAACUUAUUGUUUAUCGAGA